GGGUCCUCCGCCCCCAAAAAGACAUCAGCCAUUACUCAGUCCCACAAUAGGGAGCCGUUUAAGUCCGGCCGGUUUGGCGCCUCUAUUACUGCAUUCAAGUGGCCAUCACUCGCAUCACAUGACAAACCCGUCUAUAUUGCACUCACAUCUGUCCACAUCCGGAAGAUCUAUGUUUGACGACCACAACGCCAGCGCCGCUUCGGCUCACUUUCACGGCUCCACUAAUAACAGAGAAAAUUCAAUUAAUGGAAGAACUCAUUCAUCGCAUCCGUCGGCCGAACACUCGAACGACAGAUACUCUUCAGUCGCCGAAAGGUUUGAGAGGGAAUAUUGCAGACCAACUGUCGGACUGUACUCUCAAAUGCAUCGCGACUACAAUGAAGACAGGGAUAUGGAAGAAGAAUGGAAAAAUAUUAACACGAUGUUGAAUUGCAUUCUGGGAAUGGUUGAGAAGACUAAGAGAGCGCUCGCUAUUCUUCAGCACAGAAGCGAAUCCAGAGUCAGUGAAUACAGUAAUAAUGGACUCUGGAAUAUGCCAUCCCUUCGCGGCCGACAUUUCAGCCCUUUAGAUGUCUCACAUUCUUCCCAUUCUUCGCAUGAUUUUCACGAACUGAAAAAACCACGAAUCGAUGGAUUGAUUUCAAAUCAUUUCCAAAAGACAGCUCUUUCUGAAAUUGAUAGAAUCGCUGACAUUCGCCGCAUUCCCGGCUCUCAUAAACACUUGGAAGAGGCCGUAAAUGAAGUGAAACGUCAGGCAGUGGUUGAGUUGCAAAAGGCUGUGUCGGCGGCGGAAACGAAAGCGACUGAAUUAGUGGCCGCCGAGCGCUUGAAAAUGGAGAAACUGGUGACAGACGCCCGAAGACAGGCGGCGGAGGACGCGUUGGUCGCUAUCACACAUCAGGACGACUCGACUGAAAAUUGCUGGAAUUGUGGCCGAAAAGCGAGUGAGACGUGCAGUGGAUGUAAUUCUGCCCGUUAUUGCGGGUCAUUCUGUCAGCACAAGGAUUGGGAGAAUCACCACAGAGUGUGUCAAAACACAGCAACUAAUGGCUCAUCCAAUGGCUCGACCAACGGAUCACUCGUUCCUCAAUCCUCUACUCCCGGCUGCGAGAAGACCAGCAAAAGCCGGAGCCCAACACCUGCUUCAGCACCUAAUGUAUCAAAUAGUAGUGGAAGUGUUGGCAUUAAAAAUAGUACAUCUGCUCCUAUUGUGAGCGCAGGUGAUGCCAGAGAUACUAAUAAUAAGAUAAAAAACGAAUAA